AUGACCUCUCCUCUAUCAGCCGGAGAUGAAGAUAUCUUCGAGCGCCUGCAGCAGCGCAAGGACCCUAAGGUCCUUGAAGAGCAGCAGCAGGCUGUGAAUGAGCGCAUGCAGGCAAUUCUUCAGAAGGCCCAAAAUCGUCUCUCGGAAUUGCUCGAUCAAAAUUCCACCUUGCCAUGCACUGUCUCGUCGGUCCAGUUUCUUCAUGCUCCCAACACUCGCCGAAGCUUCCUUGAGAAGAUUGUCAACCCUCUUCUCAGCGCGAACCGUGACCGUCCCUACACUCUUUCCGAGGCACUGCGGGAAAUAUCGGCUACGGCGGACAAGCUUGGACGGUUUGACCUGUUUCAGCAGCCUAUCUCCGUCCACUUGGACGAGUCGCAAAGAGACCCUACCACUGGCUUGCGCACCAUCGAUGUUCACUUUGCUACCCGAGAGAAGUCUCGUGUACUUUUGAAGACCGGUACUGACCUUGGAAAUGCCGAGGGCUCAGCUUACGGUAACCUCUUGUGGCGUAAUGUGUUUGGCGGUGCCGAGACCUUGAACCUCAAUGCCUCCCUGGGAACACGCACACGAUCGGCAUACCAGGCUGCUUUUGAGACUCCAGUCUUCGGUGAUCCCGAUUUCCGCCUUGAAGUUGGUGGUAUCGCAAGUGCCACCCAGAAAUCCUGGGCUAGCCAUGAGGAGGUCGUCCGGGGUGGCUGGAGUAAGCUUCGAUGGCUCUCUCAAUCUGGACACCGUCACGAAUUGGGCUACAAUGGUUUCUGGAGACAAGUUACUGGCCUUGCGGAGAAUGCUUCCGCCACUGUCCGAGCUGAUGCUGGAGACAGCGUUAAGAGCAGCGUUUUCCACAGCUGGGUGAAUGAUCAGCGCGAUCACCCCAUGCUCCCCUCUCGCGGUUAUUACGCUAAGGUUUUCAACGAAGUUGCCGGCUGGGGUCCCUUGAAGGGAGACGUAUCUUUCUGGAAGUCAGAAAUCGAGACCCAGGGUGCUAUCCCGAUCCCCAUUCCCGGUAUCAGCGGUGACAGUGGCAUCAGCUUGACUACAGGCUUCCGCGCUGGUCUUCUGUGCCCCUUGGGACUUGAUUCGAGCGCCCAGCCUCAGCUUUCUCGCAUCAAUGAUCGUUUCCUCCUUGGCGGUCCCACUGACGUCCGUGGAUUCCGUCUCUGCGGUCUGGGCCCUCGUGAAGGUGUCGAUUCCCUUGGAGGAGAUCUUUACGCCGCCGGAAGUGCGAACCUGCUCUUCCCUCUCCCAAGAGUGGGAGCCGAGAAGCCUUUGCGUAUGCAGGCCUUCUUGAACGGUGGCCGAUUGCUACCACUGCGCACGUCACAGAAAACUACACCUACCAGCAGCGGAGAAGUGCAAGAUGCCGUGGUUUCCACCAUCUCUGAACUGCAAAAUGGCCUGCCCAGUAUUGCAGCUGGUGUUGGUAUUGUGUACGCCCACCCAGCGGCACGAUUCGAGCUGAAUUUCUCUCUGCCACUGGUCCUUCGCAAGGGCGAGGAAGGCCGGAAGGGCCUGCAGCUGGGCAUUGGCAUCAGCUUCCUGUAG